GAUCCAAAAUAUUGAAAGGAAAUUAAAAAAAAAAAGAUCGAAAAGCGAGGGGCGAGAAAAGAAAAGGGGGCGAGCUUGGGCUAGGGUUUGCAUCUCGGAGCUCUCGGAAGAGACAACAUGAGCGUGAAUCCGGCGCCGCCUAGCUCACAUGGCAACCUUGACGAGCAGAUCUCGCAGCUUAUGCAGUGCAAGCCUUUGUCCGAGCAGGAGGUCAGAGCUUUGUGUGAGAAGGCGAAGGAAAUUUUAAUGGAAGAAAGUAAUGUUCAGCCUGUUAAAAGUCCUGUUACAAUUUGUGGUGAUAUCCAUGGGCAAUUUCAUGAUCUUGCUGAACUAUUUAGAAUUGGAGGAAAGUGUCCUGAUACCAAUUACUUAUUUAUGGGAGACUAUGUAGACCGUGGGUAUUAUUCAGUUGAAACUGUGACGCUUUUGGUGGCCUUGAAGGUUCGUUAUCCCCAACGAAUUACCAUCCUCAGGGGAAACCAUGAGAGUCGUCAGAUUACACAAGUUUAUGGAUUUUACGAUGAAUGUUUACGGAAGUAUGGCAAUGCAAAUGUUUGGAAGAUAUUUACGGAUCUUUUUGACUAUUUUCCAUUGACAGCCUUGGUUGAAUCUGAAAUAUUUUGCUUGCAUGGUGGUUUGUCCCCUUCUAUUGAGACCCUUGAUAACAUACGCAAUUUUGAUCGUGUUCAAGAGGUUCCUCAUGAAGGACCCAUGUGUGACCUCUUAUGGUCUGACCCUGAUGACCGAUGCGGCUGGGGCAUUUCUCCACGUGGCGCUGGAUAUACCUUUGGCCAAGAUAUAUCUGAGCAAUUCAACCAUAACAACAAUCUCAAGCUGAUAGCCAGAGCUCAUCAACUAGUCAUGGAGGGAUACAACUGGGGACACGAACAAAAGGUGGUUACCAUAUUCAGUGCCCCUAACUACUGCUACCGGUGCGGUAACAUGGCCUCAAUCUUGGAGGUGGAUGACUGCAAGGGACACACUUUUAUUCAGUUUGAGCCUGCACCAAGGAGAGGAGAACCCGAUGUAACUCGGAGAACACCCGAUUACUUCCUAUAGUCAUCAUGCGAAGAAAACAUUGCUCAUAUCUGCGAGUUAAGGCGUACUUUGCUAGACAAGCUUGUGGCUGCACAUGCAUUCUAAAAUCCUCUAAUAGAUUGAUAUGAUCUGAAGCUUCUUCUAUUCACGGUGGAUAGGUGGUAAAAUGAUAUGUAUAAUUUGAAGCCAAAGGAUCUCUCCCCCUUUGUAUUGAGUUUCGGACCCUGUAAUUAGAGUUUCUCUUUUGGCCUGGUGGUAGAGGUGGGCAAUGGGCGGAGCAGCGGCACCGGCUGCGUGUAUGUUUUCGAUUCGAACUUGUUUCACCCUUUCAUGUUCUUGUAUUUGUUGACAUAUUUUUAUUUUUGUUUCUGUGGCUUUUAGAGGGAGGGAGUUUAUUCGACGGGUGUUUUCGAUUCCUAGUUUCAAGCUUAAAUUAUUCUUUACUUACCUCUCUGUUUGCUCUUCAUAUCCAUUCCUUUCCUUUCAGAACCCAAUAUCUUCUAUUCAUGGUUUAAUGUUUGGAGGGUGACUUUCUUUGUUAGCAAUAAUUUUAAGUACUUAUUUUGAUUA